AUGUUUGGUAAAAUGCUUCUGUCUUGUGCUCUGCUCCUUACAGCUCUGGAGCCUCUUCUGGCUCACCCACUAACACAUUCAGCUGGCAUGUCCUACCCUGGGCCAGUAUCUGAGGAGGAGCAGUUGAUGAGUCCAGGGGAACGGACCUAUUCUGAACAGGCUCAUCUGUCUGAGGGAAUGGAAGGACUUGCUUACCCCUCUCUCUUUACAGGAGACGUCAACAGAGAAGGUCUCAGAAGUGGUGACUUUGUUCCCAGCCAACUGGUAAAAGAGGUCCUGCUGGAAAAGCCAUUUUUGAACCAGCUCAGUCGUUUCCUGGGCGGCAGGAAGCAGUACCGCAAGAGAGCAGGCAACACAGAGUGCUUCUGGAAGUACUGUGUCUGAAAACAAGAAACCACCACCCACACCUCUAACCCAAACCCACAGAUACCCAACACGUACAUAAAUACUGCACAGGCACAGCCUUGUUAUCAUUAAAGCUUUGCAAAAACUAAAUUGCCACCACUUGACUUACAAAGACUUGA